CCCCCGGGAUUUCAUGGACAUGCUGCAUAGGAACUCAAGGCUGUGAGUUGGCGUCUUGAACGUGGAUACAAGACUGCCGUGGCGGUCGAAGGAAUUGGAGACACUUUUCAAACACUUUGAUAGCUGGCAGUGGCGUAGCCGGCUUCCUAGCCCUAGGACUGACCGUGAGUUCAUGUCGUCCACUGGCUACCGUACCGUCGAGCUGAUUCUGCUCCAGCGCCACUGUUUCUCUGACGUCCCGAGGGCUAUCAACACGUCAAUUCUUCCGGAUGACGUACUCCAACUCGUCUUUGACUUCCUGGCGGAGGAGCGGGUGUACUACGGCCGCAACCUCAACUUCCAAGUAGCGAACGACGUGAUACCGCAAGUAUGUGGGAGCUGGAAUCCUUCAAGAGGCUCCCGGUCCCCCGGACAUCGCUUUGGAGGACGUUCCUCAUACAUGAACACUGCAGUGCGCGUGAAGUCUGCGACAGGUUGGAUCUAUCGGACAGUCAUUGAAGGCGUGCAGGUCGAGUUCACGCGGAUGCACGGCGCCGUCGAGUGGGGACUCCACUUAUCUGAGCUCCGACUUUUCAUUCACCUCGCGGAGAUUCUAUGCAAGCAUGCGGGACGAUUUGAGGAGUUCACGAUUCUCCACUUCGACGCUGAAGCGCUGAUGGCGUAGGAGACAAUCGAAGCCCAUUGAGGUGUUGCUCCCUACAUAUUAUAAGUAUCAAGUCACUUACACAAUGCGAUGCAAAAUUUCGAAAGAA